AUGUCUGCCAUAGACCCGUACAUCUUCAAGACACUUGUUGUUGUCAUCAGUGGCUCUUUUGGCAAAUACAAUCAAACUUCAACUCGUGGCCAUCAAUCUACUGAUACUGAACUCUGGCGGCUUUUCACAGGCGACGUGAAGGCGUUCGUGGAAACCCAUGGUGGCAAGCUUCGCUCUACGGUCAAAGAUGAUUGCACGCACCUGAUCACGUCCCAGAAAGAUGUGGACAAGAAGUCCACCAAAUAUCUGCAAGCUGUCAAGCAUGCCACCUGCCAGAUCGUGUCUCUCGACUGGCUACUUGCCUCCGUGGAAGCCAAGAAGGCGCUUCCUGAGAAGCCAUAUCUUCUUGCUUCCGGCGAGCCUUCCACCGUAGAAGACAACCAGAACGACAGUGAUGCUGAAAGAAUCGAAGACAUGAAACGGCCUGCCAAUGGAGCUGCCGAAGACGAACCCACCAACAAAAAGCUGAAGAAUGCGCAAAUUGCCAGCUCCAAGUCACUGCAGGUUCCUGCUGACACGGCCUUUGUUCAUCAGUCACUCAAUUUCCAGAGUACGUCGAGAUCCCUUGUGAAGGAUACCCGAGAGGCUAACGUGUUUGCUUACACAGAUCCGAAAGUCUACAUUGAUGAAUCUGGACUCAUCUGGGAUGCCACUCUGAACCAGACCAAUGCAUCGUCCAACAAGAACAAGUUCUACCGCAUCCAGAUUCUGGUCGGCAAUACGGGAACCGAAUUUGUGACCUGGACUCAUUGGGGCCGUGUGGGAGAGUAUGGGCAGUCUAAAAUACUGGUGAAUGGGGCCUUGACUUCUGCCAAAGCCUGCUUUGAACGAAAGUUCAAGGACAAGUCGGGUUUGAAGUGGGAAAAUAGGCUCGAUCCCCCAAAGAGCGGAAAAUACACGUUCAUUGAGCGCGAAUAUGAAAAGGACGACGAGGAUAUGCCAAAGGAGGCCCAAGAAGGGGACAAGGGCAAGAUCGAGAGUGCCUUGCCGAAACCUACACAGGAGCUGCUAUCUUUCAUCUUUAAUGCUGACAACAUGUUGUCUACGAUGGCCGAAUUGUCGUACGACCCGGUGAAACUGCCUCUGGGAAAACUGAGCGAGCGAACACUCAAGGCCGGCUUCUCGGUCCUCAAUGAACUUUCGGAGCUGAUCGCAGGCCCAGAAUCGGCAUCUUCUACACACGCUAUUGAAGGCCUGAGCAAUCGGUACUUCACAACCAUUCCCCAUGUCUUUGGUCGCAACAGGCCUCCUAUGCUGAAUACAGACGCUCUAAUCAAGAAGGAGAUUGAACUCCUUGAGACACUGACGGAAAUGGACAUUGCGAAUGACAUUAUGAAGAAGUCCAAGGACGGCGAGGAAGUCCACGAGCUGGAUCGUCAGUUUCUGGGUCUGGGACUGCAGGAAAUGACGCAGCGUAAGUAUUUUUUAUUGCCGUUUGGCCAGAAGGAACUAACCAGGACAGUCGACCACCAAUCUGGGGAGUUCAAAGAACUGGAAAAAUACCUUUCGAUCUCCCGAGGAGCGACGCACUCUCUCAACUACCAGAUCAUUGAUAUCUUCCGAAUUGACCGCAAAGGGGAGACCGAUCGCCUGUCGUCAUCGCGGUUUGCAAAGAUGAAAAACUCCAACCGUCGACUUCUUUGGCAUGGAUCUCGGAGCACCAAUUUCGGCGGAAUCCUGAGUCAAGGCCUGCGAAUCGCACCACCUGAAGCUCCCGUCAACGGAUACAUGUUCGGCAAGGGGGUCUACCUGGCAGAUACGUCGAGUAAGUCUGCCAACUACUGCCAUCCGUACAACAGCAACAACAAGGGCCUGCUUCUGCUUUGCGAGGUUGAACUUGGACAGCCCAUGCUGGAGCUGUACGAGGAUGACUAUCUGGCCGGCGAGAAAGCUCGCGUCACCGGCUGUGUUGCAACUCUCGGGAAAGGGACCAGCAUGCCAGGUGGUUGGAAGGAUGCCAGCUGCGUGUACCAGGACCUGGAAGGCGUCAAGAUGCCGGAUGUGACGAUCCCUACGCGCACUGACACGGCGGCCUUUCUCCAGUACAAUGAGUACAUUGUGUACGAUGUGGCCCAGAUUCGACAACGUUACCUCUUUUACAUCAAAAUGACUUGA